UAGAAUCUAGAUUGCUUCUUGAUCUUACUUGGCUGGGACUAUUAGUUCGCUUGUCAGCCAUGGAGUGCACUUGUUGAAGUCUGCUGCACUACUACCUUCAUCUGCUGAGUAAGAUUCAGCGGUAUUAAGCGACGUCUGGCUUGAUGUCAUCGCGCUGGUACGUUUCGUCAAAGUUUAACGCUCGCAGCGCUGACGUCAGGCUCCUAUCAUGCAGCUUCCCCGGUCGCGUACUAAGACGACUCAGUCGUGGUAUCUCCGAUUUAAGAAAUUUCGGCAUGAGAAGCGCUUGCUUCUGAAUGCGUUGUUGAAAUUCUUACCGGCACUUAUCGCCUUAGCGUCAAUAGGACUAUUUUACCUGGUCGUUCAGCUCGGAUCCUGCCUUAACACAUCCUUCCUCUACGUUCCCCGCUUUAGAUACUUCUUCUGCUCCUACGCUCCGUCUCAGACCACCAAACUCGCAGCGCAGCGGGCCUUGCGCUCGAUCAACCAGAUUCGCGAUCCGCCUCGCGGUAAUCAUUAUCCGAGAUCAUAUCUGAGGCCGAAUUCAGGUUCCAGCCCGCGUUCAGAUUUAAGUCCAGAUCGGAAUUCCUUAGACGGAUGUCCCGGCGCGUGGGAUUGGUUCCUCAACGACUCUAACGCUACCACUGGCACAUCCGGCGAUGGAUCGAGUUUUAACGUUUUCCGUCACAAUUCGGCGACGAGUACUUCCCCCCGAGAUUCCUGCAGAUUGGAAUUCGUCACGUUUUCCACUUUUGGCGGAAUCGGGCUGAGCCGACUCUCGGACACGGCGCACAUGCUCAACAUCCCCCUUGCCGUCGUCGGCCUUGGGCAGCCAUGGAUUAAAGCGCUCGGAUUCCGCCUCCGCGUUCGGGGGAUCUUAGACUACGUCAGCAAUCUCCCGCCGGAUCGAAUCGUCGUCGCGACAGACGCGUCCGACGUGCUCCUAGUGCCGUCCGCGCAGCAGUGCGCCUCCCCGCGCCUGAUCUCCGCGUUCCGCGAGCUCCGCGCGCCCGUCGUGGCGGGAGCGGAGCCGUUCUGCUUCCCUGACUACGGCGCUGAGGAGCGGUACCCGCCGCUUCCGCCCGCGGCUGUCGCUGUGAACUCCCGCGCGCGGUUUCUUAACGCGGGAGCUUAUAUGGGGUACGCGUGGGCCGUGUCUGCCGUCCUGCUGGCAGUUCUAGAUGAUGAGGGGAAAAGCGCCGCCGCGGCGCUUCGCAGAGGCAUGACAGGCGCUGAUACGGAACGGGAGGCGACCGAUGAGAACAGCAGCAGCGGCGGCGGCGGCGGCGGCGGUGGCAGCGUCUGGUGGCAAACUCCUGAGCCGUUCGACGAUCAGCGGGAGCUGACGCGUGUGUUUCUGAAUCAGUCGGCAAUCUUGCGUCAUUUGGAUAGGUGGAGAGGCGCGGUGGGAGAACCCAGCACCUUGCUGCAGCAGCAGCAGCAGCAGCAGCAGCAGCAGCAGCAGCAGCAGCAGCAGCAGCAGCAGCAGCAGCAGCAGCAGCAGCAGCAGCAGCAGCAGCAGCAGCAGCAGCAGCAGCAGCAGCAGCAGCAGCAGCAGCAGCAGCAGCAGCAGCAGCAGCAGCAGCAGCAGCAGCAGCAGCAGCAGCAGCAGCAGCAGCAGCAGCAGCAGCAGCAGCAGCAGCAGCAGCAGCAGCAGCAGCAGCAGCAGCAGCGGCAGCAGGGGCGGCAGCAUCAGCAGCAGCAGCAGAUGCAGCAGGCGAAGGAUAACGGGGCUGAAGCCAAGGAGGGAGGCAUGGAAAGAGGCUUGGAAGGAGGCAUGGAAAGAGGCUUGGAAGGUGGCAUGGGCGGAACCACACAGGGAAGCGCGGAGGGGGGAGUGGGAAUCGAGCAUUCGUGGCAGCAGCACUUGGAAGCACAGCUGGCGUCACAGUUGCUGAUAGCCCUCGACUACAUGAGUGCAGUGAUCGAGAACGCUGGCGGCCGCGACGCGUCUCAGUACGAGGUUCUGUCGAGCCCACCAGAGUGUGAUUCUCAGCAGCCCCUGUGCGUUCAGACGGGGGAAGGGGCUGGGGGACGGGUAGUGGAAGGGGAUGGGGGCGUGGAGAAGUCGCAGCCUGGAGGGAGGGAGCACAAGUGGGAGCGCCGGGACCAGCAGCAGGGCGGGGAAGAGGGAUGGGAGGGGCAGCAGGGAGGGAAUUCGCAGCAGGGAGGGGAGGAGCAGCGGUUGGAAGGCAAGGAAAAGAGUCAGGGAGAGAAAGGAGAGACGCUACAGUGGCUGCAGGAUCAGCAGCGGAGGGGAGGGUUGUUGUGGAAGGUUUCGGGUCCAUGGCUGCAUAACAGGGUAACCGGGGGGUCACCGUGUGUGGUGCACCAGCAGGGGCACAAGCUGGACAAGGACCUGGUGCUGCUACAGCUGGUACGGCUGCUAGAGGCGGACGAGAAGCGGGUGGCAGGGGGGUAUAUCACACAAUCGCACAUGCGCUGGCUGCACUCUGUCAGCAGGGGGCGUUUCUAGGGGCUGGGGGGGUCAUCGCCCAGAAACACAUGCAAUGGCUGCUGCUGACUGCUGGUCAGGGGCGCUUCUAGUAGCUGGGGGGUACAUCACACGUGCUCACAUGCGCUUGCUGCUCUCUGUCAGCAGGGGCAGCUUCUAGUGGCUGGGGUGUACAUCACAUGUGCUCACAUGCGCUGGCUGCACCCUGUCAGCAGGGGGCAAGUCUAGUGUCUGCCACGGCUGGGCCUGCUGCUAUACCUGGAGCUGCUACAGCUGGGGCUGCUGCUACAGCUGGGGCUGCUGCUAGAGGCGGACAAGAAAUGGUGACAGGGGGAUGCAGAAUGAAUGCACACAUGCUACUACGGAUGUGCACUGUUUCACUAACACCGUGUUACCCUCGUAAGGUGUGUGCAUAUAUAUCGUUCGGUAAUGGGUUCCACUUUCUCCAUUUUCUUCUCACUCUGGCUUGAAGGGAGCUUGUAAGGAACUUUCCAUUCCUUAGCGCGCCACACCGCUAACGCGUACCCCAACCCCACACGGCACUGACACCUGCCCAAGCUCCGAAAACAGGACCGAACCAUUUCAGCGUCACUCCGAAGCGCUCCGCAUCCUCGGAUGCCUUCUUCAAAUCUGUUCGAUCACACGGCUAGGAUUGCUCUAAAUCUUCCUUCGCCAUUGCACGACAUUUCUGUUAUUCUGAACCACGACAUUCGAUUCCGCGCUACUCUGGCGAAACACUCAUAACAUUUGGUAUUCAGAGCUACUUUCCUAACCUACCUGCUUCCGUAAGCGAAAAACUUUUUUCGGGGUGGGGAGUGAUUCGCUCACUGAGUUGCUGUUGGGCUGAGAAAAGGCCUUAGUGUCAAACAUAUAU